AAUUUUAAGAAGCACAAUUCACAAUCUUUCGACAUCGACGGUGAAGUUAAAUCCUGUAACCCCUCGACAAUCGCAAAUGCGUUCGGUGAGUUUUUUGCAGGAACUGUCAAAACGUUAAAGGAAAAGGCUUUUCCUUUAUGCGAUUUUGCCUGGAGAACGCCCGCGAGUAUGUCAGUUAGAACUGACCUGAAAUUCAAAUUCCAACCGGUCUCGAAAUUCGAAGUUGAACGAAAACUAAAAUCAAUUAAACGCAGCAAAGCAACGGGUCUCGAUGAUUUACCUCCAGGGUUACUGAAAGACUCUGCUGAGUUGAUAGCUGCUCCCUUGACGCACUUGGUUAACCUCUCACUAGCAACAAACAUUUUCCCAGCUGAUUGGAAAAAUGCCAAGAUCAUACCAAUAUAUAAGUCUGGAGCACAUUCAAACCUAGAUAACUAUCGACCAAUUUCGAUACUACCGGUCCUGUCUAAAAUCAUUGAAAAGAUAGUCCACCGUCAACUAAUGUCAUUUUUGGACAAAAAUUCUCUCUUGUCUGAGUUUCAGUUUGGCUUCCGCCGUGGCCUUUCGACUGAGCUUGCAACAACCUUAUUAUUGGAUGAUAUACGUAGAGAAGUUGAUUCGGGGAAACUAGUUGGUGCCGUAUUUAUUGACUUGAGUAAGGCUUUUGACACAAUCAGCCACGCAAAGUUACUAGAUAAACUUUCUCGAUAUGGAAUAAAUGACG